AUGUCCGCCACAUCCACAUCCGCCGAUACAACGCCCAUCGCCCCAGCGCGCUUCGCCGCUGCCUUGAAGGACCUAUCCAUCGGCAUGCUACAUCUCAAGGUCCUCGAAAUCCGCAACUCGAUCGCCCAUUUGCAGUACUCCAACGACCAGCUCAAACCAUUCGCCGAGGGCACAGAGACCACACCCUCAGGUGGCGCCUCAGAGCCCGACCAGGACUGCAUCGACGCCAUCCGCGAGAACGAGGGUGUCAUCGACCGUAUGGCCGAGCGCAUCGCCAUCAUCCGCGCAGAGGUGGAAGAACGUGGUCUCAGCUGGACAGAAUUCCAGAACCGCGAUGAGACUACGAGUAAAAAUGAUGAGGAUGCUGCGGCUGCUGUCAACGGGGACGCCCAGCCUAGUGCUACAGCACCGGGUACAGAGAGUCGACACGAUGCCUGGAGUGAUGGGACUUUCCAGACCGGAACGAUUCGAAACGGCGAGAUGCAAGUAGAUCGUGAGGCUGGCAGGCCUGAAGGCGGUAGCUUGAAUGACGAACAACUUCGACGAGCUCUGGAGGAACGUAUGCGAGAUCUGGAAACAGACGAUGACGAAGGAGGCAUGCACCUGUAA